AGGUUUUGAAAAGGACGGAACGAAUCGAAUCGAAUCGAGGGCAAAAAUAAAUUCUCUACAUUGGAUGUAGAGGUAAAGGAUAUAGAUUUUCCUCCGUGCGACAGAAAGAAGAAGAGCUAGAAAGAAAGCCUAUUGUUGAGCACUGUCAAUCAUCUUCCUGCGUAGCUCCAAUGGCGUUGAGGAACUUCUACAACGAGAUCAGAGGACUGAAAGUGAAGGAUCUACCUGCAUAUCUGAAGCCAAUGCUCUCUACCAAUCACGCAAAGCAAGUGGUCACUAGAGGUUUGGAUAACUAUCAUCGCAAGUACAUCAUGACUGACUCGAUUGAUCCUCUCUUCCAUGUUUGUUUCGGUGGCAUGAUCUUCUCUUACCUUGUCGCUCUCCCUGAAGAGCGUCGUCAUCUUGAGCACCAGGAGCAUGCGAAAGAACAUGGCGGCCAUUAAUCCCUCUUUAAUCGGUCAAUCGAUUGAUCGAGGAUCAACAGGGAAACGAGCAGUUUAUUUGGAUAAGACUUGAUUGUUUGGUGAUUGUUCAUUUUCACCUUAUGGAUACUGUAGGAAAAGGAUAUUUCAUCUUCAGUUAUGAGACACCAGCAUUGACUGUUUGAAAUAAAUCCAGUUCACUCA